AUGUCAAUACUUGUCGUGGUGAAGAAGAACGAAAAAGAAACAGAUACAGUGGCAGGACAUCGAUCGUACAAGGUUUUGUCUGAGAGUGCACGGGCAGCAUGGCUGCACGCUAUCGAAAAGGCGAAAGCGAUGCCCGACCCCUGGGCGCAGUUUCACCUGGAGGAGACAGCGACUGAACCCUGCAUUCGUUACAGGUCUGACUUUGACUUUGUGGCAAAGAUGAAACUCUUUCACAGCAGAUUUGACCUCUUCUGUUACAUGGAGACGGUGGAUAGAAAUGUUUACUUUGAGGACGUCAGGCUGCAGAUGGAGGCCAAACUUUGGGGCGAGGAGUACAAUCGCCACCGACCUCCCAAACAGGUGGACAUCAUGCAGAUGUGUGUGGUGGAGAUGACAAACCGACCCAGUAAACCUCUCUUCCACCUGGAGCAUUACAUCGAGGGCAAGUACAUCAAAUACAACUCCAAUUCCGGCUUUGUGAGGGACGACAACAUCCGCCUCACUCCACAGGCCUUCAGUCACUUCAGCUUUGAGCGGUCGGGCCACCAGCUGAUCGUGGUGGACAUCCAGGGAGUCGGCGAUCUCUACACCGACCCUCAGAUCCACACAGCGAAGGGGACCGACUUUGGAGACGGAAAUCUAGGUGUGCGAGGCAUGGCCCUAUUCUUCCACUCGCACCUGUGUAACAAGAUCUGCAAAAGCAUGGGUCUGACACCUUUCGACCUUUCCCCUGCGGAGAUGUCCCAGCUGGACGGCACCAACAAGCUGCUCAAGUCAGCCCAGACUGUGCUGAGAGGCUCAGAGGAGCACUGCGGUUCUCCUCGUGUUCGCACCAUGUCGGCCAGCCGGGCGCCUCCGCUCCUAUCCCGCCUGUCUGAGACCUCGUCUGCAGAUGAGAGCAUGAGCGACAUGGAAUCGAUCCCCUGCUCCCCUCUUAUCCUCGCCUGCUCCCCCCCAAUUGCAGCUGGCUCUAUAGGCUCGUCUUUUUCCGGAAUGUAUGAACACGACAGAAUGAGCAACACAAGCGAACACAGGGAAUCAGAAAACGGCGGGGACAGCGGCUACCCGAGCGAGAGGAGGAGUGAAGGAGAUCCAAAUGACCACGUAGACGGGAUCCAUCAUCGCUACAACAGACAAUAUUCAGAGUCGGACGAGGAAAGUGUCAGACGGAGGAAGAUGGUAGCUCCUCCAAGAGUCUCUGCGAGCUUAAACUCAAACACUCCUGACAACGAAUGGUUGACCGAGGAGAAGUGGACCUUCUAUCACUCAUCCCGCGCUCACGUCCACCGACCUUCCUGUGUGGCCACCGAGGUGGAACGACUCAACAAUCUGCUGCAGAAGAAGAUCGGCCAGUCGAUUCUUGGAAAAGUCCACCUGGCUAUGGUGCGGUACCACGAAGCGGGUCGUUUCUGCGAGAAGGACGAACAAUGGGACCAGGAGUCAGCCAUGUACCACCUGGAGAGAGCUGCCAUGUGUGGAGAACUGGAGGCCAUUGUAGCUUUGGGACAGUGCUGUCUGCAGCUACCUCAUCAUAUACUACCAGACAUGGAGCUGGAGGAUAAUGCAGGAAACAGGAUGAGAGGUUUCAAGUAUCUGCUGCAGGCUGCUGAGGCUGGCGACAGAUCUUCUAUGAUCAUAGUGGCCAGAGCCUUUGAUACUGGAGUCGGUCUGUCUGCUGACAGAAAGCAGGACUGGGCCGAGGCCGUUCACUGGUACAACAGUGCGCUGAACAUGAUGGACUACGACGAAGGAGGAGAGUUCGAUGGGACCCAGGACGAGCCUCGCCACCUUCUGCUGGCCAGAGAGGCAGAGAUGUACCAGGAGGGAGGCCACAACCUCGCCGCAGACCCACAGAGAGCAGGUGACCUUUUUACUGAAGCUGCAGAAGCCGCCAUGGCGGCCAUGAAGGGUCGACUGGCUAACCAGUACUACAUGAAAGCUGAAGAAGCCUGGGCACAAAUGGAGGAGUAAUCCCACGACAUAAAAAAGAUUUCUUUUAACCUCCAAAAAGGCCACGAGACUUGAUGUGUGGCUGUUUUUCUUUCUUUUUUUGUUUUUUUACACAUUCUGGGUAAAACCUGAAUGACUUCAGUUUACAUUACUGUUUUUAUGACAGAUUUUUUUGGUGUUGGUGGUUUGUUUGUGUGCGCGUUUGGUGUGUGUUGAGCCAUUCAGCAUCAGACUUUUAUCUCCAGAAUUCUUUCUGUAUGGUUGUAAACCUAGAUUUUACUCCUCAUUUCUUUCAUUUCAUGUCUAUAUUAACCUUUAGAGUUAAGUUAAUGUGAUUCUAUGAAUGAAAAGGUCUGACCUAUCAAAAAAAGAAGAUUGUUUACUUAUUUUGACCCAGAUGUUAACAUGUUUAUGUUUAAGAGAAUAUGUGUGAUAAAGAAAAGUGCUUGGAAUAUGAAACUGUAAAAUAAAAUUUUGCCUUUCUUUAUACCAA